AUGCUUGUAAAAGUGAAGACAUUGACCGGUAAAGAAAUUGAAAUUGAUAUCGAGCCUAACGAUAAGAUUUCACGUAUCAAGGAGCGUGUAGAAGAAAAAGAAGGUAUUCCUCCUCCUCAACAACGUUUGAUUUAUAGUGGAAAGCAAAUGGCUGACGAGAUGACAGCAUCUCACUAUGGCAUUGAAGGUGGAUCAGUACUUCAUCUAGUUUUGGCUCUUCGUGGUGGUCUUUAA